UCCAUCAUCUCCCUGCUGUCAAAGGGAGGAGUAAGGGGCGUUUCUACAGCUCACAGCUUUAAUUCAAGCAACAAUAAUUAUCUCAUUUGUAAUGGCAGGAAGACAGAGGUAGGUUGAGUCUCUGGGAGGAAGACAACAGAUCUGAGGAGCAGACGUGAGGGCUCAGCUUAGGAUUCAUCACUUAAAAAGGGUGAAACAGUCCUGCUGCAGAUGAGUGAAACUACAGCAGGCUAACUUUUUGUUGUUGCUGCCUGACCGGACACUUGGGGAAUGUUAUAAAGAAAUCUUCUGCAGAGACAUCAUCGCAGAUUUUUCUUAUGGUCUUUACGGGGAGUCGACUCUGACAGUAGGUAAAAAAUAAAUAAAUAUAAUAUGAAAAAGUUCCACUGAACAAAUAACAGAAACGCAGAGGAAAUCUGGAAUGAUUCUAACUGGUGAGGACUUGGAAUUAAACUUGCCAGACAGGCAAGGGAUAUAAGGAAAGAGACAAGUGCAGAUAUCAUGGUUUCUUGGAUGCAGCAGGACUGUGCCAUGAUUUUGGUGGUGCUCCUGUUGCUCUGUGGACCAGAGUCCUCUCUUCAGGGUGACACUCAUGAAAUUGGGAACAGCGAUAAGAUCCUGGAGAGAGAGUUUAUCUAUGCGCCAAAACGGCAAAAACGUGCUGUGGUUGACUACAGCGCCUCCCAAACAGACAAAUGCUCUUACACCUUUAUUGUCCCAGAGCAAAAAAACACCGGGGCCAUCUGUGUAAACUCCAAGGAGCCCGAGGCCUUGCUGGAGAAUCGGGUCAAUAAGCAGGAGCUGGAGCUGCUGAACACCGAGCUACAAAAGCAGAGACGGCAGAUUGAAGCGCUGCAGCAGUUAGUAGAGGUCGAUGGGGGCGUGAUCAAUGAAGUCAAGCUACUACGCAAAGAGAGCCGCAACAUGAACUCCCGAGUUACACAGCUCUACAUGCAGCUGUUGCAUGAGAUCAUCCGCAAACGAGACAAUGCUCUGGAGGUGUCCCAGCUGGAGACCCGUGUGCUCAACCACACAAACGAGAUGGGGAGGCUGGCUGCACGCUACCGGGACCUGGAACACAAGUACCAGCACCUGUCAGCCAUUGCAAGCAACCAGAGUGCUCUCCUGCUGCAGCUGGAGGAGCGCUGUAAGCUGGGAGGAUAUUCACAUGGUGUGGUGCAGGACAGAAGCUAUCCUGUGCGUCCACGGUCUCCUGUGAUCCCUCAGCCUCCUCUACAGAUGCCUGCACUGUCUCCUGGAGGCUACAGACCAUUCCAUCCACCUACCAACACCCGUCAUACCAACAACCCCAUGACUAAUGACAUACAGAGUGACCAGAACGCCAAAGCAUUAGUACCUCUGCUGCCGACAAUGUCAAGUGUUACAUAUGGCUUCACAAACGAGCCCUCUGGUCCUUUCAAAGACUGUUUGGAGGCUCUAGAGAGUGGAUACACCACCAGCGGCAUGUACCUCCUGAAACCAAACAACAGCAACAGACUCAUGCAGGUUUGGUGUAACCAGAAAGACGACCCUGGUGGCUGGACUGUCAUUCAGAGACGUCAAGAUGGCUCUGUCAACUUUUUUAGGAACUGGGAAAAGUACAAGCAAGGGUUUGGAAACAUAGAUGGUGAAUACUGGCUAGGCCUAGAGAACAUCUACUGGCUGACAAACCAGGGCACCUACAAGCUACUGGUGACCCUAGAAGACUGGUCUAGACGCAAGAACUUUGCAGAGUAUGCCAGCUUCCGUGUUGAAUCUGAGGUUGACUUCUAUAGGCUGCGGGUGGGCCAAUACCACGGCAAUGCCGGAGACUCUCUUACCUGGCACAACAACAAGCAGUUUACCACACUGGACAGUGACCAUGAUGUCUACGCAGGCAACUGUGCCCACUACCACAAGGGAGGAUGGUGGUAUAACUCCUGUGCUCAUUCCAACCUGAAUGGCGUGUGGUACCGUGGUGGACAUUACCGCAGCCGUUACCAGGAUGGGAUCUACUGGGCUGAGCUCAGAGGAGGAGCUUAUUCCCUGAAGAAGGUGACCAUGAUGGUACGACCCAGUGCAAACACCCUCCACUAACACUUCAGUCAUUAACUGGACAAAUAUCUCCUCCAAAAGGAUAGUUUCUAAAUCACAACCAGGGGCAGCCUUGAUCUGAACUUACUUCUUCACUUUUUCUGUUGGCUGUUAUACAUUAAUAAUGUAGCUUCAAACUGCAAAGUCUCAAAAGGACCCAUGCAGAAUUUUUUAUUUUAUUCCUUUUAAAGAUUUAGGUUUUUAUACUUACUUUGAAUCUCAUUUGGGCUCAUAAAGCAAUACUUCACACAAAUCAACACCACCACUUACAAGCACAACUGUAUCUUAUCUGUCUCUCGCUGUGUGAGUUUUGUUGAUUUGUUAAUUUUGUUUAUGUAAACAUCUGAAACUUCAAUAAAUACAAUACCAACCUUUCAACAGGAUGCCUGCCU